AAAACAAAAGGGGCGGGUUCGCCUGUCAAUCAAGCUUGUAAUACUCCGCUGAUAUUGGCAACAGAGGCUCAAAAACUUGACUCGCGCAUUUAUGUCCCAUAGUCGUGUAAGAAAAGUUUGAUCAUUAAAGCUACUGAUAAUCUAGGGACGCUAGAAUGACUUGAAACGAUGAAAAUGAAAGAUGAUGAGGCUAAGAGAGCGGCUACGAGCGACGAAGAUAGAAUGACCAAACAGAAUGGAGAAGUUAUGCCAGUAUGUAACAUGGAGGAUCAGACUUCACUUUCACACGCGGCAGUCAACUCGAAUGGCAAAAGCCGCUCAAAACCAUCUCGAAAACGCCACAGUACAAGCUCACCCGAAGAAGAUAUAAUUGAUGGUUUUGCUAUUUCAUCUUUCUCGUCGCUGGAGGCUUUGGAGUCCAGAGCUCCGAAUAAAACUGGCAUCCUAAAUGAAAUAAAACCACAAAGUAAAAUCUCCAAAUGCAGCCAAGAAAAUGGGAUCAGCAAUAAGAAGAGAAGGGCUGAGAAAAGGCGGCAAAGGAUGCAAGACCCCAAACUCAAAGACUCUGAUUCUGAAGAGGAAAAUGAGGAACCUCAAAAAUCAGAGGGGUCUCGCAGCUCAGCUCACAAGGAGAAGAAAUCAGCACAUACUAGUGGGAAUAAUUCUGAUUCAGGGGGGUCAGUAGAUGGUGGAUACCUGUGUGAUGGGGAAAGUGAAGAUGAGAGGGAAAGUGGAGAACCCCCAGCGAAAGUAACUCCACGAGCCUCAACGGUGUUCAACGUCAGAGAUAUUCUAAAUGCUAACGACGCUACUCCAAACCACUUGGAAAAAGACGGAGAACGACCUCCCGUWUCGAAGCCUUCGGAUUGGCCAAGCUCUGCGGCUGCAGGAAUCCAGAAACCAAGCUCUCAAGUCUCUACGUCCAGUAUACCAAGCUUAAACCGAUCAUUGACCUCAACGUCAACAAUCAGUUCCCAUUCGAUGUCAUCKUCAUUUGGUCAUUCCCACCCAUCCUCGUUAUUCCCUCAUUUCCCGCCAUURCAUUCACCGUCUGGUCCUAUGCCGUACCAGCAUGGUCCUGGUGAACCUUCCUUUUAUUCAAGGCARUGGAGAGGAAAAGAAGGCCUUAACUCGUACGCGAUUGGUUCAGGUCAAGAUAUUUUGAGACAAGAACUGAACUCCAGAUUCCUACAAAGCCACACAGACCGAGGACACUACAAUCUUCACUAUGAGAACCAUCAACACCAACACCUACACAACCAUCAACACCAGCAUCAACAUCAGCAUCAACAYCAACAUCAACACUUCCAUUCUCCACCUGCCUUACCCGUUGUGCCAGCCAGCCCGUUAUUUGUUCCUGGAAAUUCUGCUAUGUCUCAUGUAGGAGUACCUCCCCAGUCACCUCACACUCCUUCUGCGGCCGUCCCACCACCUCUCAUUCACAGGAAACCUGGUAAAUGGUGCUCGUCACAUAUCCAAAUCGCCUGGCAGAUUUAUUAUCAUCAACAAAAGGUUCAAGCUGAGAUGCACAACGACCCUCACAUCAAACCAGAACAAAUCCCAGUCAGCCGAGCCGCCAACGCUCUCUCCCUACACUCACGACAAGGGGUACAUGAAGUAGGAUACCGGUCCCCUCGUGUCCAUGGACAGGGUACAGCCAGUCCAAUAGCUAUGCCACACCCAACAGAAUCUUCUAGACAAAGAGCUGGUUUUCUGAGUUUUGCUCCUGUAACUCCUACCCCGACUAACUCCGACGUGUCACCGGUUUCUCCCUACGGUGGACCCACCCUGGGCCUUAGUGACCUUCGAAGUCGCCCAAAUGGWGUUUUGGGKCUGAAUGGAAGCAACUAUCGUAGUUCAGCUGGCAGUGGUUUUAGYUCUACCAUGUCAAGCUCGAUGGGYUCUGGUCUUGGGAAUUCRUACGGUGGACUGGGAGGGAUUGGGCGUGAAUGGAAUCAUCACCAUGGAAACCAUUCUCCYUGGCAUAAUCAAGAAUCUUUUGAACGAAAUAGAGAGAAAGAACGUGAACGAGAGAGAGAAAGAGAAAGAGAAAAAGUACGAGACAGAGACAAGAGUAGAGAACGCAUCGAGGGCGACAAGUUUCCAAAUAAAGAAAGAGACCGAGAGUCUAGCUCUUCUCGCGUAGAUAUCGACAAUGAAACAACAAAGCCAAAAGACACAGAAAAACCAACUGACGAGCUUCGUUCUCCACGAGCCCAACGUCCUUCCAGUUUUAAUAUCGCCAGCUUAACAGGUGAGGGUAGAGGAGAAUCAUCCUCUACCGACUCACGACACCCUUCCGACAGAACACCCCUCCCUGGUCGAAGAGAGGAGGCUAAAAUAAACCCUACCGACGAACGAGACGUCAUCGUAYUAAAUGACAAACGAGCGUUGUCGCCGAAUGGUCAUCAYGGGGCGCACUCGGCUCCAUAUAUAGACAAAAGACUGUACGAAUAUGAACGACCUUUGGAUCCAUUUGAUCUUGGUAGAUAUGGUCGUGGUCCCAUGAGAAUAGGCUCUAUACCCAACUAUUCCCUUGCACAACCACCUCUGUUUGGUCCAAUGGGUCCGUACCUUCAUGGUUCUGCUAUGUCAGCAGUCACACAUCCUUAUUACAUGUCGCACGUUACWACGCGAGGGAUGCUGGGUGCCCACUUUGGGCCUUCGGGACCUAGAAGUAGAAGUCCCUUGGAUGGGCCCGACAUCCUACAAGCUGAAAAUAGACCUAUAUAGAUGGUAUUCGAUAAAACCUGUACAGAAUCAAAAUGCUGGAGAAAGAUUACUCCGUGUAUCAUAAAGAAUAUAGAAUUGAAGUAGGUUUUUUCCCCCACAGCCGUUAUACUCUGCCGGCACGCAUGCAUUGACUACACUACCACAAAGUUGAAGUCAUUUCUUCAAAUUCCAGGGUGAAAAAGUAAAAAUAUUUCUGAGUAAUUUUCACCACUCGUCGGGUUCCUACUACAAUAAUUUGAUUUUCCCGCCAAAAUUGGAGGCAAUUGUUAUUGGUUGACGUCUUGUCAAUAACCUGUGCACUUGAAAGGCUUUCUAUCUUGGUACAUUAUUGUCAUAGAAACGUACAUUCGUAUCGUUCRUUGUACUGGAGAUUACUAAUUCUUUGUCGUGAAAUGGCCUGCAAAAUUCACCAAGACAUCCGGCUCUUAAUUCAUUAUUAUUAUUAUUAUCGUUUCCUUACCAAUCUUCUUCAUCGYCCUAAAUAUAUGAAUAUAUUCCAUGUAUGCGUAUUUCUUGAAUCAACAGACUGUUGUGUUUAGUGCAAGAAAAAAAAAACUAUGAAAAAAAUAUAGAUUAUUACAGMAACCUCACACUUCAGAAUCCUCACCUUGUUCAAAAAUCUUCACGUAUAUUUUUUAGCAUUAGAUUUGAGGAGCAUGGAAAGUCCUCUUAGAGUCUUGCAAUUGACUCUUCAUGAUCAUGCCAAGUAGGCUUUGUUAUAUAGAGGGCACUUUCGCUCCAGUCUCCAACGAAACCUUUAACCGCGGGGCACUGAAGCGAGAGGCACUGCAGCCCUCGGCAAUAUGUUGUAACAUGGAAAGGCGUGUAACUUGCAUAUGCAAUGCAACAUUGUUGCGUUGCAAGGCAAAGGUUACUCGCGCCACCCCACAUGCGGAACAAACUCAUUUGUUGCGAAAAACACGGCUAACUUCUGCCUAAAAUGAUCUUARUUUAUUGUUACGAAACAAUCCCUGCUUUUUCUCAAAAUAGAAUCUGAGCUAAAAAGAAGCCAUAUAAUAGAAAAUACAGACCUUACUUAUAUAAUGGCCCCAUCAAAUCUGCCUCGGAUCCCGACCCUAGACGUCUAGACUAAACUUCACUAAAURCAGCUGCUUCAAAAAGUGUUGGUGAAGCUUUUUAUGCAUACCAAGCCCGAAAUGUAUCGAUGUAUUGAAAUUUAUAGUGUUGAUGUAUUUGGUAUUGCAUUCACAUCGCCUAUGUUUUGCAUAUGAUGGACUCCUUGCAUGUGACUUCAAAGCAGCUCAGUUUGGAGGGGAAUAACAAAAGAAUUUCAAUCUCCUGAGAAUUGGGAACCUUUUGUUAUGGUUUGAGCUGCAUUCCGACGUGCUGCAAGGGAUCUAUUGCUGGUUUUCAAUCAUUCCCAAAAGAAUGAAAUAACCAAAAAAAAAACGGCGGCCAUGUUGGAUGACAUAACGAGAUUAAUGACGAAUCUUUUGUUAAAAUCCUCCAAGAUGGCAGCUGUGAAAAUCAAUUGCUUGGUAUGCAACAUAUAAAAAACCUUAACCAAUCUAUCCUUGAAACAUCUGUAUUCUAGAUAAACUGCAGAAAGGCGUUAAUCUGAAUAUAACAAUUUAUCUGGAUAAUGCUUUCAGUUCAUAAAGUGCAUACCAUACUCAUAUCCGAGAAAAAGUUAACUAACAACAUUGUACUAAUUUGUGCAAAGUUUUGUAGGUCUACUGAACUUAAUAAUUUGUCCAGAUUUGCGCAAUUUCUUACAAAGGUUUUUCACGGACAUAUGGUAUGUUUUCUAAUAACCUUACAAAAGUGCAUACCAUAUAUCRGUGAAAAACAUAAGAAAUUUCACAAAUUAGUAAGUAGAAAGUAGACCUACAAAACUUUGCACUAAUUUGUACAAGUUUGUUAGGUGACCACAGUAAAUCCGUGA